CCCCGCAUGCAUCGCUUCCAAGAAGAAGAAGGCCAAGAACAAGGUCCGUUCAUGCCGUCAUGGGAGCAUACUGUAAAAGCCGUGCCACAGACGGGAGUCGUCGUGGCGCUUCAUCCACUCCUUGUGGCCUGGACACACACACACAUCCGUACCGAAUCCAACCCUAGGUUCGUUGUCAUAAAAGGAACCUGGGAAAAGCGUGCAAGUGUAGAGUCCAGAGAGUGCGUAGUGGGCCAAGGAGUACCCGCAGCUAUGGUUUUGUCUAUCACUCGAGUGUAGGGAGCGACGCAGAAUGUCCCCUCGCCCGACGUAGGGAGGAAAGACAGAAGUCCCGAUCUCGUCGCCUGCGCGUUCAUCUGCUGUGUCCCACAGUAGUUGCCUCUCUUGUUGCGCUCGAGCCCCUUCUGAUAGUCCUCUGCCGUUCCAGGUUGCGAUACACACGUUCCUUGGCCAACCUGCACGUGGGAACACGUAUGCAGGCAUUUUUUGACCACGGGCAUCAGGACUUACCGGUUGGUCGCUGUUGUCGAUAACGGUAACGACACAAACAUCUCCGUCGGCCGCGCAGACAUCCAUGGAGCUGGCGCCCAUGUGUGAGACGACAACUCCGCCGGCAGCUGCGUAUUUCUCCUCAUCGCCUGCCCCACCCUCCGUCUCCUGAGUCUCCUGAGGCUCUUCUCCAGUGGCCUCCUCUCUGAGUUCCUCGGCGAACCACACACGACAGGGCUGGCCGGGCUGCAUCAUCAUGUUGCGGCCGGCGUCUGCAGACAGACCGACCGCCAUCCCUGCAUCAACUAUUCCAAAAAGCGCAGCAACCGUACGUAAUAUGCAUACCAUUGUUGUCGACCGACUGAGUCACGUGAUGGGCGGCCGAAAGGGACAGCACGAGCAGCGGUAGCAAGAGGAAAGCCCUCAUGAUUGCAG